UGCACACGCGGUGAAUUUCAGCCCAGCCAUGGCUCCCUCGUAGAUGCUCCAAGCGGCUGUUGUCAGAGCGAAUUAAAUCUCCCCCCUCCCUCUCCUUUCCACUGCUUGCUGGUUUUCCUCCUGACCUCGCUUGCCUCGCUUGGUUUUUGUUUUUUUCUAAUAUAUAUUUUAUUCAGGAUUCCUGCGCUGUCUUCUUCAUGGCUACAUCAGAUGGACUAGACGGCUGUCUGCAGCGAGGCAGAUCUCAAAGUGACCCGAACAUACUCACGGAACCGGGUCUCGAAUUGACUCACGGCACAGUCAGUACCUGCAUCCACUUCACCCUACCUACCAUGUGCUUCAAAGAAAGAGGCGAAGUAGAACUUGUGGAUCAGCAGAGGGUGCUCAGAACAGGCUGCCUGGUAACGGGGGUACAUACUCCACCCAUCCGACGUAACAGCAAGCUGGCCACCCUGGGGCGAAUCUUCAAGCCUUGGAAAUGGAGGAAAAAGAAAAAUGAAAAACUCAAGCAAAGCUCUACAGAUGUAGCAUUAUCCAGCAGCCUCAUGUGCCACGACCCCAACUCUCCCACACAAGGCUGUUGCUCAGAUGGGACAGUUUUAAUUGGAGGAUUUGGGGGACCUUUGAAUCCAAACCUCACGGUCAGCAGCGUGGAAUACCUUGGCCCUGAGGAGGAACGUCCCUCUUCUGUGUUGACCCCGCUCCAAGACUGCAACCGGCUGCAGGAGAAUGUAGCACUAUCCGAGGAGAAUGCAGAGGAGUCAGUGCACCUAACAGGGGAUCUACCUGAGGGGCUGCAGGAUACAGGAGAGCAGAUGGAAGAAAGAUCGGAAGAGGAAAUUGUUCCAGGAACAUCACCACCACAAGUACCUCCUAAACUGUUGUCCCAGCUGAGUUCUGGAGACGAUUCAGGACCCGUGUCGCUUCCUGCUCACCUGCCUAACUCCUACCUCCCCAAAGAGCCUCCACCCAGGGCCAGUGAAAGCCUAGCUUCAAUGACCCUGCCACUACGAGGGCCCCUGGCAAACUCCUCAGGGUCCCCACAUCUGGGCAAUAUGAUUCACCCUCCUAUGCCUCCCAGCUGCAUUAUGGAGGAGCUGCAGAGAGCCUUUGCUUCCAAGAAUCGUCAGGAGAGUGUCCACGAAGGAUGUGAGCAGGGUUCACCCCCACGGCUAUGGUGCUCUGAUGGACGGCUGUCUCGCUCCUGCAGCUCCGAUAACCAACACACCUCAUCUUUGGCUGGCGGCUGCGUAGGAGUUGGAGGGUCUGACUGGCCAAAGAAGGAAGCAGAAGAGAACAAGGAGAACGUACUGCUGGACCAGUGCUUUUCCAAGACCUCAGGCCUUCCCUUUGACCUGGACGGUUGGAACGAGUCUGUCAUCUCUGGUACACUUCCUCGCAGGCUAAGGAAGGAGCUGCUGGCUGUCAAGCUACGAAACAGGCCCAGCAAGCAGGAGCUGGAGGACAGAAAUAUCUUCCCAGCACGAAGUGAUCAGGAACGACAGGAAAUUCGUCAGCAGAUAGAGAUGAAACUUGCCAAGAGGCUGAGCCAGAGACCGAAUGUGGAGGAGUUGGAGAGUCGAAACAUUUUAAAACAGAGAAACGAUCAGACAGAGCAAGAAGAGAGAAGGGAGAUCAAACAGAGACUCAACAGAAAGCUCAAUCAGCGGCCAACAGUGGAUGAGCUGCGAGAAAGGAAGAUUCUGAUCCGUUUCAGUGACUAUGUGGAGGUGGCCAAAGCUCAGGACUAUGAUAGGAGAGCAGACAAACCCUGGACUCGCCUUUCAGCUGCAGACAAGGCUGCCAUCCGAAAAGAGCUGAACGAGUUCAAGAGUACAGAGAUGGAAGUGCACGCCUCCAGUAAACACCUAACUAGGUUCCACCGGCCGUGAAAGUGAAGAGUUUCUUCUGUGAAGAAAUGCUGAGCUGAGAAAUUCCCUGAAGCUGCCUGACGCCACUCAGUGGUGACACAUCAAAGAGCCCGAAGCUCUUUUUUUGUCUUCAGCGCAUCUUUAAAUUUCUUCCUGCACCCCCGUAUCAUCAGAGUGAAGAAAUGGGUGUAGGAGAAACAAGAGAGGGAUCUUUGCAGCAGUGUGUCCUGGAGACUGCUGUUUGCAACAUGGAAGCAGGCAGGUGAAAGAGACUGUAAUUGAGAAAAAAAAAUUCUGCCUCUCAGGACAAGAGCAGAAUGGGAAAAAAAACAAUCCUGUCAUUAAUUUUUUUUGUACUAAUUCCAGGAAAACUUUGACAAAUCGGUGUGAAUCCGUGUAGUGGGAAGAAGAUGUAGUGCAUGUGACCACCUUUUCUUAACUGAUGAAUAAUGUGUCACUUGGACUGUGUACAGACUGUGAAGUCGGGUGAGAAUGUGUCGGGGAGAAUUUUGAUAUGAACUGUAUAUACAGUAUGUCAAUCAGAACGGGACUGACAGUGUCUUCACUGAAAAAACAAAUACCUUUGUAAGCACUACUUUAAAAUUGUCUUCAA